UUACAAAAUUUAAUUAUUUUCAAAAUUUUACCAUCAUUAACCGAUGCAAACUGCAGUGACAGUUCUUCAUUCUUACUUUUCGAUGAAGAUAAUUUUGCAUGAUUUACAUGGAGCCGUUCAAUUUUUAUCAGAUAAUGCGACUUUAAAGAUGGGAGAGGAUAAGUUUGAGGAAGAAAAGUUUAUGAAAGCUUUGGUUAAUCUAAAGGAUACACAGGAGUCUAUUCAGGGCUUCUCGGGAUGGUGUAUGAAGAACAGGAAAUCUGCUUACAAGAUGGCAAGAUGCUGGACAAAGGUGAUCAAGAAGGUCCGCGUAGAGCAGAAGCUUGUUCUCUUCUACCUUGUCAACGAUAUUGUUCAGCACGCCUCCAAGAAGAUGUACACGGAGCUGCUGGACAAGUUCAGAGGAGCGAUCAAGGAGGCUAUGCCACACCUCAAGGAGGAGAAGAUUGCAUACAAGGUACAGCGAUGUCUUGCCAUAUGGGACGAAAGAGUGGUUUUCGACUCGGAGUAUAUAAAGGAGCUGACCGCUUUGAUAGAUAUGACACCAGUAAAGGAAGAUCAGGAGAUCAUCGAGAACUUUCAAUCCACUGAACUUUGUAAACAGGUAAAGAUAAUGAAAGCUCUGGAGGAUGAUGCAGAUUAUAAACUGAAAACAUUAAAGGAGAAUGAUAACGAACUCAAGGAUAUUGAUGCAAUCAAAACCAAACUCAAGGACAAAUCCUGUGGAGACGAAUAUGUUUCUCAGUUUGAGGACGGAACCAAGAGGAUGGAGGCUUACAUCAAGGCAAUGGAACGGGAGGUCACAAAGAGAAAACAGGUGAUAGAGUUGUUAACCCAGGGAAAGAAGUAUUAUGAUAGUCUGUAUGGGGAAGCUGAGAUUGUCGCCACAGCAUACGCUAAUUUCGGAAACAGAGUGAAGAAGGUGCACAUGAAACUGGAGGAGAAGCUUCCAACCUUAUCUAUCCCUGCAGCACCUCCUCCCCCUGGUAUAGGAGUAGAGUCCCCGGUACCUAGUCCAGACUAUGAUGCUCCUUCACCACAAGCAGAGGACGAGAUGGAACUUAAACUACCUGAUGAUGACGAGCCGGGUACUCCAGAUUACCCUCCGCCACCCAACUAUCAACCUCCUAGCUCAGGAAACCUCAACGCCCGCCUCUCCGCCAUGGAUCCCUCAGCGUUCGCCGCGGACAUGUCAACAACUCCGUCACCGGAGCCAAGAAAGGAUUACCGCAGAUCUGCAUCUUACGAUCAUAGAGAUCGGGGGAGGGAUAGGGAUCGAUCUAGAGAGCGGUCUAGAGAGAGGAACAGAGAUCGUUCAAGAGAGAGACAUCGGGAGAGAGAUCGCUCAAGGGAUAACGAUCGUUCCUCCCGAUCGCGUGAUCGUGAGGAUCGGGAGAGGGACAUAAAGAGAGAAGCUAUGACGAUCCCUCGAAACAAUAUAAGUGAUUUUCUAACUAAAAUCGCGCACGGCGAGCGAUUAGAUCUUCAGGGAUAUCGGCACGAAGAAAACGGAGACUCGAAACGCCGAAGGAUCUCCGACAGUGAUAUAGACGGGUUCCCACUUCUGGACUCCGUUCCAGACCUAUUCUCCAGGCUAAGCUCUGUUCCAGACCUUAUCUCUAACAAGAGCUCCGUUCCAGAAUACCCCCCGCCUCCUAAGCUCUCACAAGACUGGGACCAAGGCUAUAAGGAAAACUUGUAUCCCCAGGACCCACGUUCUAAAUCCCCUGUAUCCUGUCUCCCACCGGAGGAUCAGAGUGUUUACACUCUGAUCUCUAGCCCGGCCCAGGAGGUCUGGAGGGAACCGGUUCCUGACUGGCUGCAGGUUGAUGAAGAUGAAGAGGUUCAGAUUGUGGAAAAUCAAGCGCUGGAACGAUUAAGGAAAGCCGCAAGCAAGAAUACACCCGGUGGUUCCAAUCUAAUCAGUCUUACAGGGUCCCCUGUAGUCAGAGAUUCAGGACUGGUUGGUAAAAGUCGGAACCCUGAGGAUAUGGAUCUCAGUGAUGAUGAGGAAGGAGAGAUUAGAGAUGCACAGCUUGAGAAUUCAUGGAACCAGAGCUUUGCCGGAGACAGGGAGUCCACCACUCCACCCCUUCCCUUCCCCGGGGGCACCAGGCCCUUUCAGGCAGGUUUACCUGUCCCUGGACCUAACAGUUUUAAACCAGCGGAUACUGUUACAGUUCCUCCUCCGCCUUUUUCUGUUCCGCCUCCACUUACAAAUCAUAAAGGCGGAUGGAUUAAUAGUCUCAAAGGGGGAGAUUCAUCUGCUUUGCAUUCUUUUCCUCCGCCCAGCUUUAACUCGGAGCCUGUGAGGAAAACAUUGAUAAACCAACCUCCAAACCUUGCCGACUCGCACAAUUCAAACAGUUCAAAUAAUUCACUCGUUACCCCUCAAGUCCCUCCUUUCUCCGCUAACAAUUCAUUCAGAGACGAGGAAUUGAAUCCUCGGAUGGUAGAUGACUCGUUGAAUCCGUUCUCAGAUCAGGAUUACAUGGAUCCUGGGUUCGAAAAUGAGUUUCCAAAUACCGGAUCCUCGUUCAACCAAGGACAAGUGCACGGUUCUAAUCCUGGAUUCCAGGGAGAAAUAAACCAGGAUAUGCUCAACAGUGAUUUCAAUACGUUUCGAGGGAAUAGAGGAGGGUUCUCCGCCCCUGGAGAGUCACCUCGAGGUGGGUUCCGUGGCCGUGGUGGUGGAAUUGGAUUUGAGAGAACCAACAGUUCACCAGAAAAGAUGUUUUGGGGAGAUAGAGGUCGUGGUUCUCCUCGUGGGGGCGGCUAUGGACGCGCUGGAAUGAACAGUGAUCGAGGUGGAGUUAACUUGGGUCCAGGCGGAGGAAUGAAUAAUGGCGGAAGUGGGAUUAACAAUGAUGCAGUGACUAUGAACCGAGGCGGAGGUUUUACUAGUGACAGAGGACGUGGGCGAGCUGAUUUCAAUCGCGGUGGAGGAUUUGACCGCGGGAGUGGAGGAUUUAAUCGAGGGGGCGGAGGAUUUGAACGAGGCAGCGGAGGAUUUAAUCGAGGUGGUGGAGGAUUUGAACGAGGCAGUGGAGGAUUUGAUCGAGGCGGUGGCGGAUUUAACCGCGGCAGUGGAGGUUUUGACCGAGGCCGAGGGAGCUUCAACCGCGGUGGAUUUGGAGGUCACACACCCGAAGGAGGGGUAGGGCGAGGAGCAAUGGAGAGGGGUAGAAGACCCUGGAGGGGGGGAAGGGGUUCAUGGUAACACCAAUCCCUCCCAAUCCCUUCCUCACAUACUCCCUUAGUUUCAAGGGAUUGAUUUAUCAAAGGUAAACUAGGAUCCUUAAGGUCCUAAUCAUAUAAAUAUAAAUGUUGCAUCUUAUUCUUGUUAAUUUUCUGGUUUUUCAUUUAUUGUACAAGUUUAGAAUAUGCACGGUUGUGCACUAUCGGAAUCAUGUACAGCUGUAACUAUGGUGCAGUGCAGUCCAUUUGGCUGUGUACUACAUUACCCAAUCCAUGUACGAUGUGUUGAAUGUUUCGUAACAAUUUGUAAUUCUGAAAUGUUUCGGGAAUACGAAUAAAAAUAUUGAUUUUUAAACAACGAUAAGAUUUCAGAUGUCUUCUGCAAGUAAGUAAGCUUUUUUCCUGAUAAACGAUUUUUUAUUUAUAUUUGUUUCAAACACAAAAUCUGAAUUAUCAGUGUACACAAAAACAGCAACUCUAAAUAAUUUCAAAACUCUAAAUAUCUUAUUAAACUGUUGAAAUCAUAAGCAAGUAAAGAAUUACUUUUGAAAAUUUAUUUUGUUAAAAUUUUUCUUACCAUGUUUCUGUUAGAACACAUCUAAUAAAAUUUAAAUGCCGUUUCACGAAAAAAAUAUUGUUCCACUAUCCUGUAUAAAUGUGAUUCAAGGAUGUUAUUUAGUAGUAUGUAAAUUUACCACCCGUGUCAACUAAGUUUGAGGAAACAUCCUGUAAACUAUUAUUUAAAUAUUGGAUUUACCCAAUUUGUAAAUGAUGUUGAAUAUUCUAUAAAAUAUGUUUUCCUCU